AUGUCCAAGGCUACUUUCGCCAUCAUCGCCGCUGCAGGCGCAGCCACCGGAGCUGCAGCGACCGCAGCCUUUUACUCGAGCAAGAAAGAGGUCCCGGUGGUCCCUGUCAGUGCUUCAUCCAGCGGCGCCGCACCACCGGCACCUGUCCCGGGCUAUCCUACCGCAAAGUCUCUCGCUACCGCACCCGUCGAUCCCAACGGUCUUUUCCAAUAUGGCUUCCCCGGGCCCGUCAACGAUCUCCGCGCCGCGAAGUCGCUCACGUCCUCGUUCAACCGGCAGACGCGCAACCCGGACUGGGUCGCCGAACACAUCACUCCCGAGUCGCUGGCGACGCACAACGGCGACCGCAAGCACAGCUCCUUCGUCGAGGACGCGGCCAUCCCGGAGAAGUUCCGCGCGAAGCUGAAGGACUACUUCCGCAGCGGCUACGACCGCGGACACCAGGUGCCGGCGGCGGACGCCAAGUGGAGCCAGGAGGCCAUGGACGCGACCUUCGCGCUCAGCAACAUGUGCCCCCAGGUCGGCGACGGCUUCAACCGCGACUACUGGGCGCACCUCGAGGACUUUUGCCGGCGCCUGACGCACCGCUACCCCAGCGUCCGCAUCGUCACCGGGCCCCUGUACCUGCCGCGCCGCGAGCCCGACGGCAAGUGGCGCGUCAGCUACGAGGUCAUCGGCAGCCCGCCCAACGUCGCCGUGCCGACGCACUUUUACAAGGUCAUCUUCGCCGAGGACGGCAAGGCCGGCGGCAACGUCGCGCUGGGCGCGUUCGUGCUGCCCAACGCGCAGAUUUCGAACGACAAGCCGCUGGCGGACUUUGAGGUCCCGCUCGAGGUGGUCGAGAGGGCGAGCGGCUUGGAAUUCGCCAACAACCUGCCGGCCUCGCGGAGGAAGAAGCUGUGCGCCGAGUUUGCUUGUUCGCUCGUCAUCAAGGAGUACCAGCAGAGGCAGAAGACGUUUGCCGCCAAAUAA